AACUCAUUUCCCCAAAACAAAACAAAAAAAAAUGCUGAAUGCACUUAGAAACUCUAACCUGACCCUUAUCAUUUUGAUCAGCUCUGUCCUGAUAGCCUCAAGGCUAUGCUCUGUGGACUCCUCUGUGUACGACCCAAUCACAACCCUGAGAGAGCGGUUCAAUAAGUGGCUUCAAACGCAUAGCAUAUUAUAUGGAGGAAAGGAGGAGUGGAUGCUACGGUUUGGGAUAUACCAGUCUAAUCUCCAGCUGAUAGACUACAUCAACUCCCUCCACUUGCCCUUUAAGUUAACAGACAACAGAUUUGCGGACAUGACUAAUGCUGAGUUUAGAGCUCAUUUUCUUGGUUUGAACACGUCUUCCCUGAGGUUAAACAGGGACCAAAGGCCGGUCUGUGACGCGGUAGGUAACGUGCCUGACGCUGUGGACUGGAGGAAAGAAGGUGCAGUGACUCCUGUUAGAAACCAAGGAAAAUGCGGAGGUUGCUGGGCGUUCACUGCAGUGGCAGCUAUUGAAGGCAUCAACAAGAUAAAGACAGGGAACUUAGUAUCUCUCUCAGAACAACAACUCAUAGACUGUGACGUCGGCGCUUUCAACAAAGGCUGCAGCGGUGGAUUAAUGACAACAGCAUAUGAAUACCUCAUAGCCAAUGGUGGACUAGUGACCGAGGCUGACUAUCCAUACACAGCCACACAGGGUGCAUGCGACCAAGAGAAGUCCAAAAACAAGGUGGUUACAAUACAAGGAUACACAAAGGUAGCACAGGACGAGGCAAGUUUACAAGCCGCUACCGCUCAACAACCGGUAUCAGUUGGAAUAGACGCUUCUGGUUUCAUCUUUCAGCUUUACUCUUCUGGUGUGUUCACAGGCUACUGUGGAAAUCAUCUCAACCAUGGAGUGACUGUUGUUGGAUAUGGAGAAGAAGAUGGGCAAAAGUACUGGAUUGUGAAGAAUUCGUGGGGAACUGCUUGGGGUGAACAGGGGUAUGUAAGGAUGGAACGUGGUUAUAGUGAAGAGACGGGUAAGUGUGGUAUUGCUAUGCUUGCAAGCUAUCCUACGAAGUGAGUCCAAGAUUCUCUAGAAACUUUAAUCUCUGUAUGAAAAUCUGCAAUAGCGCAGAUAAAAUAAUUAUGAUUGUGUGAAAAUAAAGUAGUACUAGAGAUACUUGGGAACCAAGGUAUAAUGCUAACAUGAUUCCAAAGAUAAGAUACGAUUAUAAUAGAGUCAUGUGAGAUUCACUUGAACAA